CCUCCUCCUCCUCCUCUUCCUCCUCCUCUAGAGAAGCAGCAGCUUUCUUAUAUUUGUGGCAGUACGUCGUAGGAAUUAACAUCCAGUGUGUGUUUUUCGGGAGGAUGUCAGCGCCGAGCAACUCGCUGCAGCAGCCGCGGGUGAGACGCAGCAACGCGGGCUCCCCCGGUUCGUUCAACAACAGCUGCCGUCUGCACCCCCUCCGGGCCACCGUGCCCUACCAGCUCCUGCGCCCGGGUCCGAGCAGCCCGACCCGGGCACAGACCCUCUACGGAGCGGCCACCAGCAGCAGAGGCUCCAGCCCCCCCUCCAGCCCGACUCUCAGUUCAGGAAAUGCAAACGCAAAGCAAAGACUGUCCCCUGAAAAUAAGGAUUCCUCCUGUCCCCCAGACUCUCCAGUUUCCAGAGCAGAAAGGUCCAAGUUACAGGUUCGGAGUUCCAGUGCUAUCCGGCGGACAUCUUCCCUGGACGCCAUCACGGGGCCGUACCUCACCGGCCAGUGGCCCCGGGACUCCCAUGGACCCUAUCCUUCCUGUAUGAAAGACAAAGCCACACAGACUCCAGGUCUUUGGAUUGAUGAGGGAACAGAACAGGGAAAUCCUCACCAGCGGUCAGCCUCCUGGGGAAGCGCAGACCACCUUAAAGAGCAGAUUGCUAAACUCAGACUGCAGCUGCAGCGCAGCAAACAGGUCAGCCGGCAGAGCAAAGACAGGGAGCAGAGCUCACUGCAGCUGUCUCAGCAGGCGCAGCAUGGCAUCGCAUGCCAACCGCAGUCUUUCCAGCACAAGGGAACUUCAUCAGCCUUGUCAACAAUCCCUGUGCCAAAAUCACUCAUAUGCAGAGUGCCGAGCAGUGUGGAGGGCAUCAACCAUGAACUAGAAAAUGUGUUUAUCAGAGAGGACUGGGAGCAGGGCAUACAGGCCAUGGAUGUGUUAGAUGGCCGCCGCGCUCCCUUCCCUCCGCAUCACUACAGCAGCAGCGGGGAGACACGCGACACGGACACACAGGCCCCUUCAAGUGGUGACUCCAGCCCGUUGCCCUGCCCCUGCAGCUCCGACCACCUCCACUCCCCUGAUGGAAGCCCCUGUUCUGCAGAGGAAAUCGACAAAGACAAUGUGUGCAGUUCUCCUCUUCCCAAGUUUGCCACUUCUCCCAAACCUAACAACAGCUACAUGUUCAAACGGGAACCUCCAGAAGGCUGUGAGAGGGUCAAAGUGUUUGAGGAGAUGGUGUCUGGCAAAUCCAAAGGCUUCCCCCUCUUCUCGUGCCCGGACAAAAAUAAGGUGAAUUUCAUUCCCAGGGGCUCUGCCUUCUGCCCUGUAAAACUCCUCUGCUCCUCCCUCUUCUCCCCCGUCUCUCCCUCGUCCUGCUCCUCCGCCAACCCUGGUCUCCAUGGCAACGACAUCCCAGGGCCUCAGGUGACUCCAACUCUGCCCACUGCACCACUAGCUACCUUUCCGGCCUCUGACCGGAGCGCCGACACAAGCACAGGCACAAACACAGACAGCCAGAGCCCCGACGCAGACGUGGGGAAAGACGGCUCAGCACAAGUUCUCCUCACCAGCUAGUCCUCAGGUAUUCACGACCAAACCACCUACAGCUGAAAUAAAAUUCAGCUCGUCAGGUGGUAAGGUUUUAAAGCAAAGAAAAUUUGAAAAACAACAAAAAAAAUCCUUGCACUCCGUUAAUCCUAACGUUAGCCAGCAGGGAGUGUCCAAGGUCUGAAAUCGACAACACACAUGGGAAGAUAAUGGCACCAGCAUCCUGCUGAACAAGCAGUGUUUGUGCCGCUGUUGAGGAACUUGAUGGUUUGACUAUUAUCGCCCAGACUUAAGAGUGUGCUGACCUUGGACACCGCCUCCCUUCACCCAUCACUAACCUAGCCUUCUCCUCUGUACCAUGACGACACCCAUAAACAAAAAAUAGCUUUGCUUUCUUUUUGCAAAAACGAAAAAAAAAAAAAAAA